ACGUCAAAUUCUAUUGGUUUAGACCCUGCAGUGGAGGUAUUAGUGGAAUGUACGAAUUUUCAGGAUCGUAACAUUUGUUUUAAAUGGCUAGUAGUUAAGCUCAGAAAGGUGUAGGUUAGAAGAUACAAGCACACAAUCAGUCAAAUUCGAUAACUUAUCGGAAAUCUACUCUGUAAAGCCUGUAUAAGGUUAACAGGACCACCAACAAGACACAAACUUAAGGACCCAUCUGACGAAGAGACGAUGCCUCAAGUGAAAGAAUUUUUAUUAACUUUUUUCAUGCCAGAGAAAUGUUAUGACCAAUUUUUCCUUCAUUUCAACGUUAUACACGUACCCUGUCUGAAGAUUGUCAUGAGUAAGACUAUGGGAAUACUGAUAUUAAUGGCAACUGUUUUUGCCCCACUGGCUCAGAUUGGGAAAAUUGUUUGGUGUGGGAGUUCGGAUGGAUUGUGUCUGGAGUCUGUCUUCCUGGAACUGCUGGCCAUCUCUUCUUUUGGAGGCUUCUGCUACAAACAGAACUUUCCCAUUGGAGCCUGGGGGGAAAGUAUGUUUGGACUGAUCCAGAUUGCUAUCCUGGCUUUUCUCAUCCAGUACUACAGAGGAAAAACUAUAAAAGGAAUAUGUCUUCUUGCUCUAUACUGUGUCUUCAUGUUCCUCCUUGCUUCACCUUUGACCCCUGUGUCAGUGGUUCGGACCCUUCAUGAUUGGAAUGUGCUGUUUGUUAUUGCUGGCAGGUUUAUCCAGGCAAGCAAUAACUACAGAUGUGGUCACACAGGACAGCUCUCAGGUCUCUCGGUUCUCCUGCUGUUUCUCGGCUCUUUGGGACGUAUCUUUAGUUCGCUACAGGAGACCGGUCUUUCUCUCCCAGCUCAGUUGCAUGGAGUGGCCUGUUGUGGCAGUGGGGUGAUCCUAAUACAGAUUCUGUUAUACUGGAAUAAAUGCAAGACACACACAGAGAAAGAGAAACAGAAAGCUCAGUAGAGGAGGAGCUGUGUUGACGGUGUGGUAUGGUUUGUUUGUUGGGUCUGCUUGUGUAGUCUUGGCUUGGUCUGCUUAGUGGGAGGUCUCCUCUGCUCGCUCUGUGCAUUUCCGGAGCAAUGAAAACUCACUGAAACAUGAGUCAUAAAGCGUUGUGUGAAUGCGUGUGGUUCUCCUUAUCUACCUGUCCGACAGAUCUCAAUCUACCAUCAUAAUGAUCUAAUCUGCUUGUCUGUGUGGAAACACCACGCCAUGCAUGUGUUUGUGUGGCCUACCCAUGAGGGUCUGAAAGUUUUGCAUGUGUUUGUGUGCGCACUGCUCGUGAUGACUUGAAAGAUUAAAGUGACUUACAUAUUCCUUAUUUAUAACUUUAACUUGCAUUCUUUUUAAGUGAAUUUUACACGAGUUUUAGGUUAUAAUCUCUGCACUUUGAUCUGUGCUGUUUGGGUGUGUUUGAUAAGCAGCCCAUUGAUGCGGUUCGUCCAUAUAUCUGAAGAAUGUGGUCUUGAUGUUUAGUGUGCAUUUCUAUCUGUGUGGGCUUUUCGAUACAGAUCUUUACCGUGUUUUGACGUUUUAAGCAAACACAUGCAAUAUUGAAUCGGAUUAAGCAAACCUCAUUUACACGAAAUUCAGUUGGAGUAAAGUGGAAGGAGACUCAUUUAGAUAUAUAGAAAGUCUUGCUUCAUGUCUGUUUGUCUUGCUCUUAAAGACUAAAAAAGAACAGCUGCAGUAAAUCAAUACUCAAAUCUGGUGUUGUAAUCCCUCUGUAGUUCAGUGUGCCACAUCAAAACUAACACUCUCUUUCUCCUAAACCUCCCCUGUGUGCAAACAAAGAUAUUAGCAAAUAAUGCAUUGACCAAAAAUAGUACCGUGGUUGAAAUAUGAAAUGACGUACUGUUUGCUUGCUUAAGCAAUAUGUGUGCGAUAGCAAGUAGAAAAGAAAAAGAAGGUGUGGAAAGGCCACCUGUCACCCAUCAUAGCUGCUUCAGUUUUUGAUUUUUUUACUUGGCCUGGCCAGGAUGAAUUCAUAGAAGCCAAAAUUCUUGGGAGUACACUGUAAACAUUUCUUGUUGCACUUAUAUUUUUUAGUUUAGUCAACUUGAAUUUACAAAUAAUUUCUAUUUUUUCUCUAAAAAACAGAACAACUAAAAGUGUUCCACUGGCUUGUAAUCAUAGAGGAACCAUUUAUAGUGAUAAACAACACCAAUGUAGAACCUGUGGUAAACCAUAUUAUGCUAUGUUGAACCGUAAGUGGUGCUAUAGUCAUGCUUAAGCAACACUUAUGGUUCUACAGAGGGGCUACAGGUGCUCUCUAGUGCUAAAAUGGUUCCCCUAUGAUACCAUAGUACCAUAAAUUUUUAGAGUGUAGUGAGGAUAUAAAUUAUAAAAAUAACUUUAUUUUUAUAAUUUAUAGCAACUCCUCAAUAGUCAAGAAAGUUCAACUUAAAAUUUAAGUGCAACAAGGAUUUUAUUUGAAAACAGCUAACCAAUAUUCAGAAAAUGCUAUUAUCAGUAGCAUUAAUUAAAAACUCUCAGGUAAAAGUUUUAAGUAAAGUAGCUUUUACAUAACACUUCCAUGAAAAUUUACUCGCAGUUAAAACUGUUUCUAGCUUUAACUAGCUUUUUUAAGUUUAAGGAAUGUGAUUUCUAUGUGUUUUUUUGUAAACCUCGAAAAUCAAUUGUAUGAUAGAAAAUUUUUAUUUUUCAAGGCAUUUUUAUCAGUGACAGAAAAAUGUGUGACCUACUUAAUAUUUAAAGUACAAAUAUUUUUAUGUGUGCUGAGAAAUAAGCUAUAUUGUUUUUCCUUUGGGGACAUUAGAGAUGUCCUCUUUGGUAAAAAUUCAAUAUAAAUAAAAUAGGUCAAAUUUACAUAACACGUUAGUCUAGUAAUUAGAAUAAGCUAUAUAAAGACACAAAUAGUGUCUAUGGUAUGCCAUCAGUACAGAUACGAAAGAAAUAGAAAGAGGGAGAAAGAUAGGCUAGGCACUAUGAAUGAAGUUAUGAGAACGGUUGAACAAGGUGCUGAAAAGCUACUUCGUAUGAAGUGCUUUUACGUCAAUGAGAAUCUUGCAGCAAUGACCGAAAUCCUCUUAAAACACAAACUUUAAUAAAAUAGCUACUUUUGCUUGUACACAGCACAUAGCCUAUCUGUGACUACAGCUCUCUAGUAAAACAUGUUGCUACACACUAAAGGUGCUUCAUUAAACUCCACUGUUAAAAAUGUCUGUAGAAAUUACAGUAUUACUGGCAACUAUUUGCCAGUAAUUUACUGUAGAUUUUUAUUUAUGUUAUUUACUGGCAACAGUUUGUUAAAGAUGAACAUGAAAAAUGAACAUUAAACAUAAAAAAGACUUUAUCUUUACAGAAUAAAACUAAAAUUACAGCCUCAUGCGAAGCAUUCUAAAAUCUAAAGGAAAAAGCAGCAAAAGGUUCCCAGAAUGCUUUGCAUGAGGCUGUUAUUUUAUAGAUUAUUAUUUAAAGACAAAGACUUGUUAAUGUUUAAUAUUUAUUUAUCUUUGAACAAACUGUUACCAGUAAGUAACAUAAUUUUAAAUCUACAGUAAGUUACUGGCAAACAGCUGCAUACAUACAGUAAAAAUGUUUACAGUGUCUCCUUAAAAAUCUAAUAUACUCAUAUAUAUAUUUUAUUUUGCUAACACUUUACAAUAAGGUUGUAUAUUUGUUUAAAUUAGUUAAUACAUUAGCUAAAAUAAACUAACCAUGAUCAAUACUUCUACAUGAACUUAUUAAGUUAGUUAAUUUCAGCAUAUACACUUUAAAAAGUGAAGGUUGGAUCUACUUAAAAAUUUCUUCAAUUGGUUUAAUUAAAAUUAAUAAAUAUAAAAAAUGCAGCAUCUUGUCAAAUCAACAUAUUUUUUGUUUCUUUAACUAGGUUUUAAUAAAGUUAAACUAUUUUAACUUGUUUUUAUUGUUAUUCCAACUUAUCACAGGUCAAAACUUAAAGUAGUAGGUUGAAUUGGCGUAAGUUGUUAAACUAUUUUUAAAAUGUAAACUUUUUCAAAUUAACUUUUUCACCUAAAGUGAGAAAAUGUAGGUGAAAAUUAGAUUUUUUUUGUGGUACCAACUGAAGUAAUUUUUUAAGUUAAUCCAACUUUCACUUUUUUUCAGUGUACUGUAAAACACAUUUUUAAAACCAAAAUUUGUAACUGUUAACAUUAGUUAAUGCACAGUGACCUAACAUGAACUGUAUUGGCAAUAACUAACACUGACAAAUAUUAAUAAAUGCUGAUAAAUAUUCUUCAUUGUUAGUUUAUGUUAGCCAAUGCAUUUACUCAUGUUAACAAAUACAACCUUAUUGUAAAGUGUUUCCAUUAUUUUUUAUUAACCUUCAUUUUAGUAAAAAUGUGGCUUACAUCAUUACAUGGCCAAAGGUGAACUUGAUUCUAAAUCUGUGCUUAUGUUCUUGAUUGACUAGUGCAUAAGGCUAAAAUAAAUAACUCUUCUAAAACACUGACUCACUAUUGGGAGGUGUUUUGCAUGACGUUAGUUAAAACAUUUAUGACGUUAUUAAGGUUGUCAGUUGAGUAUUUUUGUCCGUCAUUGAUUUUUUUCUCAUGCACAUUUCGUUGGUACCAAAUUGUUGUAUAACUCUCCCACGGACGAACGCCACACCUACAAUCUGACAGACAAACCUGCAAUACUUCUCUCUCUCUCUCUUUGUUUGAGUCUGUAAGUCAACCAUAAUUGGGUUCUAGGUGGCAUUCAACCAGACGGCAGUGCACAAGUAUGCUGUUGAUCCUGCUCUUUGUUUUAGCUCUGAACUGAAGCAUAGCAAUUUUGUCUUGUCUAGCCACUUACACACGGAUAUAGAGCCAAACUUAGACCCUCGCUGGUGAAAUACAUGUGCUUGCACGGUCACAUUGUAGACGGUUUAACUUUAUCUCAUAACUGUAUCAUUCUGUAUACACAAACAAACCUCUUAAGAAUUACUUGCUGUACACACACUUGUGGAUUUGUAGUAUAGACUGCUUGUCGUCUAAUGUUACUAAACAACAAAGUGCAUCAGAAAUACAUUUGUGGCUCAUCAUAAGUAUUCUCAAAUCAAGAUUAAUACAUUUUUGGGAUGAAUUGAGAUAUUUUUGUGCUUUACAUUUUUGUGCCACACGUUGUUUGUGAUGGUUUUUACAUUUCCUGAGCAAGUCCUAUAACAUUUAAAUGUUUCUCAACUAAAACUUUAAACUUUACUCUUUCUUGUCCCCCCACCCUCUCUCUCUCUCUGGUGGGUGUGGGGUUUUGGGGUUAGUUUUGGGGGAUUGCUGUUGCUUUGGGAACAACCUGUGGAAGCCUCUGUUUGUUGCUAGGAGAUUUUAUGCUUUCAACAAGAAAAUCUGGCUCCCCCUUCAACUGAACCCCCACACAUGCACACUAACAGUUACACACACACACACACACACACACACACACAUAGACGCACACCAUGUUCACUUAAUUUUAAAGUUUGCCAACUAAUUAAUUGAGAAAAUAAGAUGUUAACAUCAAAACAAAUUUAACAAUUCUUAAAAAAAAUGUUUUGUUGUUCUUCAUAGCAAUAUACAUAUAUUAACCAUUCCUAUACUUUAUACACUUGCCACCUGUAGCUCUCAUAUGUUUUCUCUGAAUAGCACAUGAUUGAGCUGAACAUUUAAUAAAGUUUACAUUCAUUUCUUUUUAAAUCUUUCUUAAUUUAUCUCUCAUUUCAAUUUAUGCCGUUUUUAUAGUUUAAUUGAGAGACCAUUUUGUAGUGCAAAAGUUUGUGGGUUUGAAAUACACAUACUGAUUAAAAAUGUGCAUCUUGAAUGCACUUUAAGUCGCUUUGGAUAAAAGCAUUUGCAUAAUAAAAUAAAAUGAUGAUUGUUUGAUUAUGUUAAUUACGUUUAAAUGUCCUUCCUCUAAUAGUUAGGCCUAUAUAUACAAACAGAGCUAACAUUAUGGACUUUCACCCUAUACGACUUCCUGCAAUAGACUUUAUGGGUCCAGCAAUGAGACUAUAUUUGUGGUGAUAUGCGUGAGUGUUUAUAACUCCCAUCCCCCUUUCAAAACUCUUCCUCGCCAUCACCCCCAUUGCUCCCCUCCCCUCCACCCCCGAUUAGCCGGUCCUGACUGCACCAUUACCAUGAGAAUAGCGGGGAGCAGCGAGCGGGUUAAGCUCGGGACUGCUGAGAGGGGAGACGAGGCACUCAAUGCAACGCUAAUUUUCUGCCCGGUGGGAGAGCGAGAGAAUGGAGAACAAAGGCGAGCAUAAGAGGCGCUGAGAACCGCGCGCUUUUACUGCGCGCACCUGCGUGCUCAAAAGCACAGGACAAUGAGACUCCGAAACGGCCAAUUACGGCCCGGACAGCCACUCGCUUUCUCUCCUGGAAAAAGCGGGCAAAGUAGAAAAAAACCCGAGAGAAAAGGGAGGGAUAGUCCUCCGACCUCUGUGUUUUGAUCCCGCUAACUUUUAUCAGUUUUAAUCGAUGUCCGCUUUCUUCUCCAAGUUAGGUGACGGAGGUCAGAUGUCCCAUCAGCAAGACCCCAUCCCUUCCAAACCGGUGUCCCUUGCGACCGUUUCCUUUACUCGGCUUAAUUUGCUGCGUUUUAGCUAAUUAUAAUAUUAGUCAUAUCGACUUAAGUGCGUUAAUAUUGGGACCGUAAGCCGCUAUCGUAUUAACAAUGAAUUAAACGAGUCUGGUCGGGUUUAAACGAGCAGGCGUAUGAAAACAAUCUCUGUUCGGAUUGAUCAAACAUUGGGAAUAAAGCUCGUGUCAGUAAUUUCGCAAUAAAGCAGGGGUGCUUGGGCUGGGCUGCAGUCUUGUUGGCGUACACUUAUCACAUUAUCAUCUAAUGCGUGAAAGUCUGUAGGUUGUGGCGCCUUAGUAAAGUAACACCUGUCAUCUUAUCAUUAAACAAACUUGAGCCUUUCUGUGCAAUUUUUGUACAUUCAAUUUGCUUCGUUUAUCAACUGUAAAAUAUGUAUGUGUGCAAAAAAACUAAACAAAAACAGACACAAAAACAAAACACACAAAAUGCUGCCUUAAAAUGUAUCAUAUUGGGGUGUACAAGUCAUUUCAGCUUAUGCAGUUUUAAAUAUUGAAGAGUGAUGAGUUCCUGUAACUCAUUAAAAAAGUUUAAAUUCCUAAGAGUUAGGCUAUUUUAAUGAGUUAAAGUAGUGUAAAAACAUGACUUACUGAUUAUCAUUUAUUAUUUAUUUUUUAGAGUUUAUGUAGUUUUCCAAAAAUUUUCCAUAAGUAUUCUUCAAUGUUUUAUUUAAUGCAGUACCAACCAUCAUUUUUUUUUAUUAAAUUGUCAAAAUUUAAGUUAAUGCAUUUUUAUUUUCUCUAUUCGUGUGAGCAUUUCACUAUCUGCAAAUUUUGAAACAUCAGUAGCAAAAAUUUGAAUGUAGACUUUUUUUAAGUUUAGCUGCAAUAUUGAAAACUUUUAAAAAGUAGCUUAAUUUUAAAUUUGAAUGUUUUUUAAAGUUUAGUUGCAUUAAUAAAAAUAGAACAUAAAAAAAAAUAGCUUAAUUUUCAGAUUUUGGAAGGAGAACAAAUAAAGACGAGUGUACAAAAAUAAUAAAAUACUUUAUUACAUUUUUUGUUGUUUUUCUAUCAAGGUUGUUGAGUCACAUACAAGAUUAUUAACCCUUACUAUAAGGGCUUUAAAUGAAAAGAAACAUUUCACAACAAUACAUUCUUAGUCAAACACAGUCUUUUAACAAGCUCAUCAUUUUUUCAUGAACAAUAUUCCAAACGUUUUGACUCUCCCACUUUUUACACGACACCUCUAUUCACAAAGCUCUAUUUCUCACAGGAGUUGAGAAUUAAUUGUUCUUUUUUUUUAUAUAGAAAAUACAGUCAAAUCCCUCUAAACAGGAUCUCUAUUUCGAUUUCAUUUUUUUAAUGCGACCAAAAUCUGUCGAAGCCCAGGGCACAAUGUAUCUAUACUAAUGUUGGAAAGAAAACAAGAAUGUCUAAACCGUUGUGCAUUUAAAAUGUUUGCAUUACCUAAACAAUGCUGAGCAGCACAAUGUUACAAAGUCUUUAUGGUAUGAGAGCUUAAAAGUAAAAUCUGGAUGAUUUAUUUUGAGGUGUUUAGAAGCAGCGACCAAGGGAAUGUGUGCUCGGUUUCUUCCCUUUUUUCAUUGUUUACAGUCAUGCCUUUGAAGUCAGUAAUCGGUGAGAUAUUAACUAGCUGGCAUAAGGUUUUAACUAUGCAAAUAAGCAAUAGUCGACCAGUCGUUGGUUAGCUAAAACCAAUGACCAGUCAGUUAGAGAAAAAAAGUGUGCCAUGUUUUUACUCAACUAUGUGCGCGGUUCCACAAUAGUGCACCAGGCCACAGUUAAGACCAAUAUCUAAAUGUUAUAUA